AUGGGAACCGAAGAUGUCGGACCAAGCAAAUUGCAAGAUCCGGGACCAGAACAGCAUGCGAACGUAGUAGAUCAGCACAGGAAGCCUUUGCCCUACCUACUGGAAGAUUCCAGAGAGGCAAGACAACAAUAUCUACAUGCAGGGGUUCCCCUAUACAGAGCUGCAUUGAGGGGUGACUGGACAGCCGCUCAAACAAUCAUCAUGGAAGACAAGAAAAUAUUACAUGCGGCUAUUACAAUAGCAGGAGAAACUGUUCUUCACGUGGCCGCAGGAGCGAAAGAUGUUCAUUUUGUGAAGCAAUUGUUGGAUUUGAUGGACGAAGCAGAGGUGGAAUUGCAAGAUUGCAAUGGGAACACCGCCUUUUGCUUAGCUGUUGUAUCUGGAAGUGUAGAAAUUGUUAUGAUUUGGAUGGAAAAAAAUACUGAGUUGCCACUGAUUCCGGGCGGGCGGGGAAACAAGCCACUAAGCCAACAGGAAUGGAUGGACACAUUUUUCGCUUGUAUCCAUUCUGAUUUGCACGGUUUAGCCUUGAAAAUGCUUGACGACAACAGUGCACUGGCCAUCGCGCGUGACGUAAAUGGUGAGACAGCGCUGCAUGUCUUAGCUCGAAAGCCAUUGGCAUUUUUUAAGCGAAAUACAAGCUUAUGCAAGAGCUACUUUAACAGAAGUUUGACAUCCUCAUACCAUACAAAUUCUGUAGAGAGCGAUGCCCUUAAACUUACGAGAGGCAUAUGGAAAGAAAUUUUGGUUUCUUUACCUGACUUGGAGGUAAAGCAACUUAUUGACAAACCAUCAAGAUUUUUAUUUGAAGCGGCCGAAUUAGGGAACUUUCAAUUUUUGGCGGAGCUUAUUCACUCUUACCCUGAUCUGGUAUGGGAAGUGGAUGAGAAAAACCAAACCAUCUUCCAUGUUGGCGUGUUAAAUCGUCAUGCAAACAUCUUCAAUCUAAUACAUGAGACUGGCUCCGUCAAAGAAAUCAUAUUAACCUACGAAGAUGGUGAGAAUAACAAUAUUUCACACCUCGCUGCGACAUUACCGCCUAAACAUAGAUUGAACCCUGAGGUUGGAGGAAUGUUGCAAUUACAACAGGAGUUAUUAUGGUUUGAGGCUGUGAAGAAGAUCAUGCUACCAUCUUACGCAGAAAAGAAAAAUUCUAAUGGCUUAACCCCUCAAGAUUUAUUCACUUUAGAACAUGCCACAAUGCUUAAAGAUGGAGAGAAUUGGAUGAAAAGUACAGCUACAUCAUGCAUGUUGGUUUCCCUGCUUCUUACCACUCUAGUUAUUACAGCGGCCUUCCAUGCUAUAAACAAUAUUAAAGAAAGAACUCCGGUUUCAUCGGACGUUCUCAACGUAUCCGAAUCAGUAGCAUUAGUUUCAUCUUCAAUAUCAACCCUAGUGUUCUUCUCCAUUCUCACAUCAAAUUACGGGAAAAAGGAUUUCCUUUGUUUGCUACCCUUGAAGCUAGUAGUCGGACUUGCUACACUUUUCGUCUCUAUGUCAAGCAUGAUGGCAGCAUUCAUUGGAAGGUUCUCCGUGUCUCUUCCUCGUGAUGGACUAAAGUGGGUUCCUACUCUGACUUUUAUGGGUAUAUCUAUUCCAGUUGCUUUAGUUAUUCUCGUACAACUGUACCAACUUCUAUGGAAAUUGUGGGAUUCUACAUUUGUCUCCAGACCUUUGUCAGGGAAAGGCAAGAAUCAUGUGCUUCAUAAGUAA